AAAGAAAGUCUCCCGCAAGUGGCCGAGAGAAAGAAAACCCUAAGCCCCGGACCCCAACCCCCGAGGAAGGCGAUUCGACAAGACCGGAGAUGGCGGCGUCGGCGGUGGAGAAGCUCAAGGGCUUCUGGGACUCGCAGGUCAACGACGAGGAGCAGUGGGCGCUCAACUAUAAGCUGCUAAAGGCUAUAGGUCUGUUUGCUGGAUCCAUCGUCCUGAUGCGCAAUUUUGGUGAUCUAAUGGCCAUUUAAACCUGCUUAGAGUUGUUUAGAAGUGUAGUGGUUUGGGACUCUAUGAUGUCAGCCUUGUAAUGGCCUGAUGCCUUGUGGAGUUUUUGUACUCGAAUUUAAUGGUUAGCUUGAUGUUCCAAGCAUUUCUGGUCAUACUUGUGACAGUUAUUUUGGUAUGAAAUAGACUAUCUUUGUCACA